CCUGAACCGUCAGCAGACGUGGUAGAUAUCGAGCAAACCCCUCACUGUUUUGACAGCUUUGCGGAACUGCAAGUGGGCUUGCUUUCUCACGUGUGCACGUCCCGUUGGCCCGGGCGGGGAAGUGAAACACUAAGCAGCUAUGGGAGAAGUUUGUAAGGAGAGGAAGCCGUGGCUUCGUGUUGUUUGGCAAAUCUGCAACGUUUUCAUGUGUUUGUUCUUCGCUCUGGCGUCGUACGUUCAGAUCAAUGAUCCAGAUGCAGGUUUAUGGAUGGCUGGUUACGGCGUCCCUGCUGUUCUGUGUGCGUGUAUUGUUGUGAAGCCUCAUGUGACAGAGACUUUGCCCUGGAGGCGUGUUGCUGACCUUCAUGUGAUGAUUUCCAGUGCGAUCAGUGCCAUGUUGGGAUGGACGCUGUACAAAGAGCGAAUCACACAGAUCUUUCAGAAGGAGGAGGGCAGAGAAUUUUCAGGUCUCGUUUUGACUGCAUUUUGGCUCCUCCUGUGUCGCCAUUCUGGAAGAGCUCCUGUCGGGAUGCUCCGAGUCUCCACAGCUGCUGCCAUCACAGUCUUCCCAUUUGUGGCCUGGCUUUAUUACCACAUCAACAAGGAUCUGAGAUCAGACUGGCCUUCACACUGUACAACUGCGAUUUAGACAUCAGCCUGUUUUGGCUGAUGAGACAUGAUUAAACACAAAUCUAUGACAGCUAAAAUGCACUGAUCUGAGUUUUUAUUGAACACUUUUGUAAAAUAAUUAAUAAAAAUAAAAAAGUUUAUUACUUAAACUUUAUCUCCUGUUAAAGCAAAUGUAAUUUUCAAGUGAAAUAAAAUAAAAUAAAGUGAAUUUAAGACCA